CGGCCUUCUCUCGGUCAGCCCCAAGAGGAAGGGACGGCGGAGUCCUAGUGCCGGCUGCGGACGCUGUCCUGGGUGCUCAGCUGCUUCUACCUCUGACCCAGAUGAAGUGUCUAUACCCCCCCAGGCUGAACUCUGACCCUGGACGAGGAACAAAAAUGUCCUCCUCCCCCCAAGUACAUACCAACCCCAGAAAGGUAGCCCACAAGUCUUCCUUUUACAAAAGGCUUACCAUCAACUUGGAGGCCUCAGGGUUGGGGGGAGGGGCAGCUGUUGGAGAAACUUGCGAUCAACAGGGCCCAGGGAGGGGUCAGGGUGGGGAGUUGUCUGCAGUGUCCUGCUGGCCCCUUAGCUGUCCCCCAGUGGACCGUGAGUGCCUGGGGCCCAACCAGACAUUAGGGAGGAUCCUGGGCUGCCUCAGCCGUGACCGCUCUUCUCUGGAGUCUGCCCCCUCCAGCACCCCUUCUGGGUGUCUGUGCCCGACUCAGGGCGGUCACUCCAGGCCAGGUGUGCUGGAUGAAGCGGUGCCAGUUGGACGCCCCUCCACUGGCCCCUGUGGCACUCUUCUCCCUCUGUCACCACAUGAAGUCCCCGUCCACUUUCGUAGCUGCCAGGUGUCAGUAUUUUCCUUUUGGGGAAGGGGAGCUCCUGGCAGACCCCAACCAGGGAGCAGGCCUCGCACUGCCGCUCACUCCAGGGCGAGACCCACAGUAGGCCUUCAGCACACAGAUGACCGAUCGCCCACCUUCCAGCCAGCCUCCUGCACGACCCCCAGGGGACCUGCACUAGUUAGGGUCCUUGGAUUGGGUCUUUUAGGACCAUCCCGGCCCCUGCAGCCCUCAGCUCCCGAGCUUCAACUACCACUUGGGGCACAUUCUAAAAGUCACACUAACCUACACCCCAACCCCAGCCCCGCCCGAUGGAGGCAGAAGCCCAGAAUUCGUCCCAGACCGGCCCUUUUAACAGAGUCGGGGCAGCACUGGGCCGAGAAGUGCGGGCUCACCGGACAAACUGGGAAACCAAGGCCAGAGAGGACGUGGCCUGGGGACAGGCCCCGCGGAGGAGCGCAGAGGUUCCCGUCCCCGAGGGCCGCCCGCUGCGCGCUCCCGCCCCCGGCGCCGCGCCCUCGCUCGGCCCACGUCUGGGGCAGGGAAGAGGAGCUCUGGACUCUGCCUGGGAACCCCAGCCUCUGGGCAGGAACACCAUGGACAGGGAGAACUGGGCACCCUCACCAGGAGAUUGGGGAGGCUGAGUGGUGUGGGCUGAAGCAGUCAGAGGGGCUGCCUGGAAGAGGUGGCCUCCGCUGGGCCGGCAGAGGCUGUUGA